GGUUCCGUCCCCUCUCACACUCGCACCGCUCUCUCACUCUCACUCACGCUUCCACCUCCACCUCCACCUCCACCUCCACCUCCGUUCACCCUCUCUCUCACACUCCCCGCCGCCGCCCAGCCCCAGGACCCUAGGCACUGUCCAUCGACCCAGGCAGUGCCCGCCCUCAUCGACGCCGCGCCCACUGCCGCCGUCGGCCUGCCGACCACCCCAGCCCCAGAGUGCAGGGCAUGACGACGAACGCCCCUCUUCCCUUUGCCUCGGCCUCUCUACAACUCGCCUCCACACCCAAAUUCAGCUAUGUCUAUGCCCCAAUUCACUCUUCAUUCGCAAUUUCAAGAAUCCGAAUGUGCCGGAUUUCGGCUCCACCCCAAACCAAAACGCCUCCCAAAAGGACCACCCGCAAGAGAAUCCCUUCCACUCCAUACUCAGAAGCUGAAGAAUUGGUUCGAUCAAUCAUCAGGAACAUCUCCGAUAAGCAGCCUUUAUUGACCACUCUUAAUAAGUAUGUGCAAUUUGUCCGGACCGAGCACUGUUUCUUGCUCUUCGAGGAGCUCGGAAAGAGUGACAAGUGGCUUCAGUGCCUUGAGGUAUUCAGAUGGAUGCAGAAGCAGAGAUGGUAUGUAGCUGAUAAUGGGGUUUACUCAAAACUGAUUUCUGUGAUGGGAAAGAAAGGGCAGAGCCGAAUGGCAAUGUGGCUUUUCUCUGAGAUGCGUAACAGCGGCUGUAAGCCCGAUACAUCCGUCUACAACGCUCUCAUCACAGCCCAUCUCCACUCCCGGGACAAGGCCAAGGCGCUGGCCAAGGCCAUCUCCUAUUUCGAAAAGAUGAAGGGGAUGGAGCGCUGCAAGCCGAGCAUUGUCACGUACAACAUCCUCCUGAGAGCUUUUGCGCAGGCCAAGAAUGUGGAUCAAGUCAAUGCCUUGUUUAAGGAUCUCGAUGAGAGCAUUGUUAGCGCUGACACCUUCACAUUCAACGGGGUGAUGGAUGCUUACGGGAAGGUAGGGCUGAUUAGGGAGAUGGAGCUCGUUCUUGCUCGGAUGAAGAGCAUGAAGAUAAAGCCCGACAUCAUCACGUUCAAUCUGUUGAUCGAUGCUUAUGGGAGGAAGCAAGAGUUCGAUAAGAUGGAGCAAGUUUUCAAGAGCUUGCUCCGCUCCAAGGAGAAGCCAACACUUCCCACGUUUAAUUCCAUGAUAACGAACUAUGGGAAGGCACGUCUGAGAGAGAAGGCGGAUUCGGUCUACCAGAAAAUGAUAGAGAUGGGCUAUAGACCGAGCUUCAUUACCUACGAGAGCCUCAUCAUGAUGUAUGGAUACUGUGAUAACGUGUCGAGGGCUAGGGCGAUAUUUGACCAGAUGGUUGAGUCGGAGAGGGAGAAAAAGGUUUCGACUUUGAAUGCUAUGCUUGAUGUCUACUGCAAGAACUCUUUACCUAUGGAGGCGGACACGCUUUUUGAGAGUGCAUGUGCUUCUCGAAUGCUCCCCAUUGAUUCGACUACUUACAAGCUGCUAUACAAGGCUUAUACAAAGGCGGACAUGAAAGAGCUGGUGGAGAAGUUGCUCGUGCGUAUGGAUCAAGAUGGCAUCAUUCCGAAUAAAAGGUUCUUUCUUGAUGCUCUUGGGGCACUUGGGUCUUCUUCUCCCAGCAAGAAGCCCGCUGCCAGCAGGAAAGAAGGGAUGCCCAAACGCGUUGCCAUUGAGAAGGCAUAGCUGAGGUGGAGUUUUGAAGUCAUGGUUAUUAGAGAGAGCUCGGUUGGAGGCUGUUGUUUGACUUCGAAGCGUUGAAAGGAUUUAUGAUCGUCGCGCAAAGGCUUAAGUGUUUGACUAUAACCGUAAAAGAGACGGCACUCACAGCAUCUAAGACAUUUGUUACUGAUCGUAUCUGUGAGAUUUCGCGUGGUCUUUUGUUGCUGAUCGAACAUCAUCUUCAGCUGUUUGUUCUGUUCUUCAAUCCUCAGCUGCAAGUUCCUCUGAAUCUGCAUCAACAAAAUCAUCACAUUUUGAGAAAUGGUUUUGCUACCUCUAGUUGCUCGUGGAGACGCCUCUGAACGUCGAGCUGCAUCUGCGUUACCUCCUUGAGCUGCAGACCACUGCAAAAGAAAUGGUUUUGAUCAAAUUGAGUGGAGGAUGUUGUUAUGCAGAUUGACAUCAGUUGUUUGCACUAAUAUGGAGUAAUACGUUUGGAUAUCUGUUUGUGUUUAUAAUAGCCACACUUCAUAUCUGUUUUAGUUUUGUACAUCUCUCUUCUAUUCUACUCCAUCAGCUUUAUCCUAAUCUAGUUUAAUUACCAGAA